CAUCUCCGUUCUGCUCUGCUCUGCUCUGCUCUGCUCUGCUCGGCUGCUGGCUGGCGCGCAAUUCAAGUUCUUCUUCAUUUACGUUACUUUCAUCAAUGCGGCUGCAGUUUUCACGUACGCUGCCCGGCUCUGCAACUCUACUACUGUCUAUAUCCGUAUCCGUGUGUAUCUCUAUCUGUUUCGGUUUGGGUUUCUGUAUUUGUGUGCCGAGUGUGUUAUGCGUCUGCCCCCCAGUGCGUGCGUAAUUGGCGCCCAUUUGUUUGCAGGCCGCGACGCGUCCAAAAAACCCGAACCCGUACCCUAAAUCCGUAAACGCAAACGCAAUCUCAAUACUCCCGGGCACGGCUCUUCGUCAGGCAGUCAGUUGCAAUUUCGUCAGCGACGUGCCCGCCCGGCAAAGAAUUAACUGGCCAAGUCAAGUCAAGUCGUCGGCGUCGAUGGCUGCUGCUUGGCUAAUUUGAAUGCCAAUCGAACUGACAUUGACGUUAGUUUUUCCGCCUUUCCGUCUGCCGUGCGUGUUCGCCGCAGUUCGUGUGUGUGAGUGACUCUCUGUGUGUGUGUGUGAGUGCGUCCAAGGAUAAUUGAAGACAGCCACUGACACGUACGCGUGCUACAAUUGCCAGACACAGACAACAACACGCUCCAAAAAGGAUGCGUCGUUGACCUCCAGUCGUAACCAGAGUGUGCACACAAGUGCGAGCGAGAUAGCCAAUCUCAGUGUGCCAAGCAAACCAAAACAAAUCCAAAUCUAAGUGCAAUAUUUGAAAAUGUGCCAGUGCUAGUUAAGUCUUUAGUGUUAUCACCACCUUGAACCCCAAAUCCAAAUCAAUCAAAAGCAAACAUCAUGUUGCCCUAUCAGGCCGUGGCCAUGGACUACGCCGGCUACCAGCGACAGCAAACGCCAGGACACCCAGGCGGCCAUAUGGUCAGCUCGCUGGGCAUGCCCGCGGUGCCAUUCACACACUCCUGGAUGGUGCCCACGCAGGAUCUCUGCGGCAUGCCCUACAACAAAAUGCCAAAUCAACAUCAGCCCGGAGUUCCGGGCAUGCAACAGCAACCCAUCGAGCCAGGCAUCCUGGAGCUGCGCAAGGAGAAGUCUCGGGACGCUGCGCGCUCGCGACGCGGCAAGGAGAACUACGAGUUCUAUGAGCUGGCCAAGAUGCUGCCGCUGCCGGCGGCCAUCACCAGCCAGCUGGACAAAGCCUCCAUUAUAAGACUGACCAUAAGCUAUUUGAAAUUGAGAGACUUUUCCGGACACGGCGAUCCUCCAUGGACGCGAGAGGCGUCCAGCAGCAGCAAACUUAAAAGUGCAGCCAUUCGACGCAGUCCCGCUGUUGAUUUGUUCGAGCAACAUCAGGGCACCCACAUCUUGCAGUCGCUGGACGGUUUCGCUUUGGCUGUGGCAGCGGAUGGCCGCUUCCUGUAUAUAUCGGAAACGGUGUCCAUCUAUUUGGGCCUGUCGCAGGUGGAGAUGACGGGCAGCAGCAUAUUCGAUUAUAUACACCAGGCGGAUCAUGCGGAAAUCGCCGAUCAGCUGGGACUGAGCUUGACGAGCGGCACCAGCGGUGCGGGCAGUGGCAGCGGCAGCGGCGCCGCUGGGCUCGCAUCGCCCACAUCGGGCGCUUCCGAUGAUGGCAGCGGCACACAUGGUACGAACAAUCCUGAUGUUGCUGCUUCCAUGACGCAGGCAUCGACGAGUGGCUACAAGGGCUACGAUCGCAGCUUCUGUGUGCGCAUGAAGUCCACGCUGACUAAACGUGGCUGUCACUUCAAAUCCUCCGGCUAUCGGGCCAGCGAUGCAACGAGCAAUUGCAACGGUAACAAUAACAAUGGUAAAAAUGUUAAGAAUCCGGCCUCGAACUAUUCGGUUGUGCUGCUGCUUUGCAAGCUGCGACCCCAGUACACUUUCUCGCAUACGCGUAAAUCGCAGCCGCCUCUGCUGGGCAUGGUCGCCUUAGCAAUUGCAUUGCCGCCCCCCUCGGUGCAUGAAAUUCGCCUGGAGUGCGACAUGUUUGUCACACGCGUCAACUUUGACCUGCGCGUUGCCCACUGUGAGCCAAGAGUGUCCGAUCUGCUUGACUAUACGCCCGAGGAUCUGGUCAACAAAAGUUUGUACUCACUGUGCCAUGCCGAGGACGCUAAUCGCCUGCGCAAAAGUCACUCAGAUUUAAUUGAAAAGGGACAGGUGCUUACCGGCUACUAUCGACUGAUGAACAAGAGUGGCGGCUACACUUGGCUACAAACCUGCGCUACUGUUGUCUGCAGCACCAAGAAUGCCGACGAGCAGAAUAUUAUUUGCGUCAACUACGUUAUAAGCAAUCGUGAGAACGAGAAUCUCAUUCUGGAUUGCUGUCAGCUGGAGCCCAGCGUGGACAGCAUUAAGAACGAGGAAGGUCUGGGCAAUGACAAGAGCAGCGGCAGCGGUUCGCCUGGCGGCGAUGCCAACACUGAUGGCAAUCCGCAUCUCAGUGGCGACAUGAAGCUGGGACUCAAUUCACCCAAGACAGAUGGCGACGGACAUUCGCAACGUGGACGCGGACGCAGCGCCAAUGCCACGCAUGGUAAUCAGCUGAACAGUCUGGCGCUGAUUAAGGACAGUCCAACGCCACUGGGCGUGGAGGUGGAUGGCGUGAUGCCAACGACUGUGGCCACGCCCGUGCCUACGCCUACGCCCAGCAGCAGCAGCACGAAGCGGAAGCGCAAGAGCAAGGCAGCGCAGCAGGCAGAGGAGCAGGCGGAGCAACAGCAGCAGCCGCUGAGCAAGUUGCCCAGCAUGGAGGCUAGAGAUGGCGCUCAGCCGCGUAGCCGCCUGCCCUCGAUAGUGGAUGAGCAGCCUGCCGCUGAUUCGGCUGUCAAGGAUCUGGAGCACGCCAUGUCCAAGCAUCUGCCCUCGCCCACAGCCAACAACAACAAUCAGCCCAGCACGGACUUUAGCGCCGAUGCGCUCAUCAAGCAGCAACAGCAGCAGCAGCAGGAGCAACAUGAUCUGAACGAGAAGAGCAGCACCAUCCAAUGGAUUGGCACGCCCUAUCAGCAGCCACCGCCUAUGCCGGCCACAGCGCUGCUGCGUCAGAUCUACGCGAAUCGCGAGAGCGUCAUACGCGCCACAGCGCGUCAGACUCCAACGGGCGCGGGAGUUUUCUAUGGCGAGCAGCAGGGCGGACCGCUGCCCACGCCGCCUGGCAGCGAAUCCAGCUAUGAAAAUCAAUAUCUGCAGCUGCACUCGGCGGCAGCAGCGGGUGGCCAGAAGAGCGUCAGCUCAGCGGACGCCUUCACCAAUCUGGUGUCUACCUAUGGCGGCUAUCACAGCUCCAUUGACUACCACAAUGCCAUGACGCCGCCCAGCUCCGUCUCGCCGCGCGACAGCAACAAUUCGGUAAAGGCGCCGCCCAAUGCUGCGCCGCCUGGUCUGGUGGUCAGCAGCAAUGGUGGCUACGACUACGCUGAUCCACUGCGUGGACAAUAUGCCACGCCUGUGGAUGGCUCAGCGCCCACAGCGCUGCCGCUUAAGCCGCAAGCCUAUUCGGCUGCAAUGCAUCCGCAUGCUGGACAUGCCGCCACCACCACCGAGGGCGGCGUCACCUACAGCAAUCUCGACCAGCCGCAGUACUUUGCGCCGCACUCGAGCUUCCAUCUGUACCACAAGGGCAGCCCCGCCAGCGGCUGGUACUCCACUCCCUCCUAGGCUCCGCCAGCGCUGCCCGCUUGCCAACUCCAGCAGCAACAGCAACAUCAGCAGCAGCAGCAACAUCAGCAGCAGCAGCAGCAACCACAUCAAGAUCGUUGGGACUUUGUUGGCGCCUUGGGCAAAGUGGCGCGCAUGUUCUUCAGCGCACGCAAGGGUAAUCCCUGAAUACCUAAAAUUGUACAUAACCUCACUUAAAACAGAAAUUUAAACUUUCAACCGAUUUGCAAUGCAUAUUCUAAGAGCAAAUAGCGCGCCUAUUGUUUGAAAUUAAUUUGAAAAAUUUGUCUCAUGUUAAAACAUUUAAUGUUGUUAAAUAAUUUGUA